ACGUGGGCAGGACGGCGGCCAGGAGCCUCAUGACCUCAUCUUUUUCCGCCACAUGGGGAUUGGUGGCUGUGCUUGGGACAGGGUUUAAAUUCCCGAAGGUCACAGAUGUCAGGCAGUCAGGGGACAAGGGCAGAAAGACAGAGCUUCUGGGAGCCAACUGACUGGAGCUGCUGCUGGGAUCACUAGGAGUGCUCUUGCUGCAGCUGACUCCUCCAGCACCAGAAAAGGUAAAACAUCACAAUGAAGGUGGCAGUUCUGUGUUUAUGCCUUAUCAGCAUCACCGCUGCAUGGCCAGUCAGUAAAUCCAAGCAGCAGGCCAUUUCUGCCAGCUCCGAAGAAAAAUAUGUUUUCCAGCACUUUCCUGAUGUGUCAAGCAAAAGCCAUGAAGAUGUGAAUGACAAUGAUGAUGAUGAUAAUGAUUCCAAUGACAUGGAUGAAUCCGAUGAGGUUGUCACGGGUUUUCCCACAGACAUUCCAGUCACUGUACCAUUCCCCCCAUUCCCUUUCACCCGGGGAGACAACGCCGGCAGAGGCGACAGCGUGGCCUACAGGAUGAGGGCAAAGGCCGCACUGGUGAAGUCUAUCAAACUCCACAAAGAUGCAAAAAAGGUCAUGUAUGAUGCCACUGUGGAAGAUGAGAGCGAUCUGGAUGCAGACAGCCAGCGAGCGGGGUUCUCCCGGGAGGAUUCUGCUUCCCGCCGCUCCCUGGAGAAGCAUGCCAUCAGCGUGGAAUGGUCUGACAAGAGCCACGGGCAGGACAGCAGCGAGCUGGACAGCAAUCAGCCUGACCGGAGCAUGGAAAACGACAGCAGGCAGAAAUUCGACAGGCAUGAGGCACACACAGCUGCACAGGUUUUCCAGUGAUGUAUCCUGAAGCAGCAUCGUCAUUGAGGAAACCUGCUGAACUCAGCCUUUGGGUAUUAAACCCCUUGAGGAAGCCUUCUUACCUCUUCCAGAGCUGUGAUCUCCUCCUGCCCAAUUUCACUAUCGUGCUACUGCUUCAGGCCAACGAAGUUGCAAAGAACUGCUACAA